CUCGUGAGGGAGGAGUUAGUCUUAUUAGCGGGGCCAUGAAUCACCUUUUUGUUAUUGGGCUUAGAUAAGAACCACAGCCCAUUUGAUUCCUUGAGGCCCGCGUUUGCUUUGCGCAUCCCAUUUGGUUUCUCCGAGAACCAGAAGGAAAGAAGUCAAAUUUUGUUGACUUGGUCUCCUUCUUCUUCCCGAUUCCGAAACGGAAAAUGAUUAAUCUCCGGCCAGAUCACAGUUCCAAUUACUUGCUGCUGAAGAAUGAGGGCAAAAUCUCAUCCCACUAUAUAUGUGAAUAUAUAGCUCUCUCACUUACCAAUUUUCCUCCAUUCUCAACCUGAAAUCCUUCUCGCGUCUACUCUCUGGUUUUGCUUCCUUCCCUUUUUCCGCUCUCUGCUUCUUCGACGCCGGUGAAGAUGCAGUGGGAAAAAGGAAAGCGCUUGGGAAAAGGAGGCUUCGGAGAGGUGUUCGUAGCCCAGCUAAUGAACUCCAACAUACCAACUAUGGCGGUGAAAUCCGCGGCGGAAGACAAAGCCGCGACUCUGUUCGCCGAGCACAAGAUUCUCACCAGAUUCCGAAACGCCCCCGGAAUCAUCCAAUGCUUCUACGAUCAGCCUAUCGGAGACUACACAGAGGGGACCGUCAGCUACAAUUUGUUUAUGGAGUACGCUCGCGGCGGAUCGCUCACCAAUCUGAUCGGCGGCGGAAUCCCGGAGAGCGAAGUUAGGGUUUACACCCGCAUGAUCCUCAGAGCUCUGUAUUUGAUCCACUCCGCCGGAUACGUCCACUGCGACAUAAAGCCAGACAACAUCCUCGCUUUCCCGCGGGAAACAGGAACAGGGGUUUGCUGGGAAUUGAAGAUAGCAGACUUUGGUUUGGCGGUGGAGUCAUCGAAGUUGAUUCAGGGGAGUGCGGACUACAGGGGGACGACGCGGUACAAGUCGCCGGAGAUGGUGGCGUCCGGCAAGCUCACGCCGGCGGUCGACGUGUGGGCUCUGGGAUGCACGGUGCUGGAGAUGCUGACGGGGCGGCGUCCGUGGAGCGAAUUGAAGAAGAAGGAGGAGGUGAAGUGGAGAAUCGCAAAAGGGGGCAUGCCGGAGAUUCCCCAGUGGGUGUCCGAGGAAGGGAAAGAUUUCCUCAGAAGGUGUUUCGCCAAGGAUAUCAACAGCCGCUGUUAUGUCCCUGGGUUUCUCGAGCUUCCCUUCGUGGCGGCGGAUCGUCAUGGCGGUGGAUUUAGUGGAGCGGCGGUUGUCGGAGGAGGACGAGUAUUGGGCCUGCGGCGGGAAAUAGAAAGACGUUGGCAAGAAGAGAAGAAACAGAGCAAGAGAUCCCCUGCUGCUGCUGACUUUCCGAUGCUUCCUCAUCAGCUUUUGGGACAGGGAAUCAAGCCUGUUCUGAGGUGCAGAUGAGCUCCCGAGAGGGGAUUUUGUUGAGUUAGUAUAGUAGAGAGACCUCUGUAAAUUAGUUUACCAAGUUGUAAUUAAUUAAUUGCUCAAAAGCUCCAUUGAAUUGAAGGACAGCUUCUUCAUUCUGUGACUUUGUGAAAUUAACCCAGAAGCCAUAGUUAUAACUUCCUUGUUAGUGAAUAUCACCUUUUCAUUCAAUGCUUUUCCAAUUCAUUCUAGUUCUUCUCACAUUAUUAGCUAUCAAAUGGCACUACAGGAAAAUGAUCUAUUUACGGCCGUAAAACUUGUCGUUGAUGUAGUAAAAAUCCGUCGUUGUCUCGUUGAUAUAUGACAAACGUUGUGGAAUGGGGUUGUGGUUAGUAUUAUAAACGACGGUUACCAAUUUCUCGUCGUUAUAGAUCGCACAAAAACGACGGACAAAAUAAUAUGCAUUUCCUUCGCCAACCAUAUUACAAGAUUGACGGCACGACUCACCAAAGUAAAAUUGAUACAAUAUCCGUAGUCAAACUGCAUGAAUGUACCAAUGCUGUUGCAAAUUUGUGAUUGGUAAUUAUAAUGAAUGUAAAAAAGUUAGUAAAGUAGCAAGAAUUGCUUGUCAAACAAUCUGUCUUAUAGUUAACAACAAUCACUAUGCCAAGCUCAUGUCACUACAAAUUAGUUUGACAGCACAUAACUAACUAACUAAUAAUUCAUCCAAAUUGGACAUGUAAUCUGAAAUUCUACUUCAGGGUUAAAGGUUCCCCUGCCAAAAUAAUGUGGUGGAAUGCAUGUCACUUAAAUUUCUUGCACUCAUAUUUUCAGAUUCCUCUUGUAACAUCUACAAAAUGCAAAAUCCUUCACCAUCUAUUGAGGUUGCAUCUCUCAUCUGAGGACAGUGAAGCAGAGGAGAAACACAACCCAGCUCUACAAGGAGUUAGACCUCUUUGCUUUCUUCUUGGAACGUAGGUUUCGCACUCCUUUUCUGAAGCAAGCUACAAACCAUUUGCUUCAUCUCUUUGAACUCAACCUCCGUUUGUUUCAUUCCUUGCAAGUUGGUCUCCAGCACUUAAGAGCCACAUUUUCUUCUAGUUACAUAGCUGUCUUGGUAGAGUUCGACUCUUUGAAACCCUUUGGAGUCACACGAUCGACACCAUCUCCAAAGCCCAACACUCGACUCGACUCGACUCGAUCACUCUUUUGAGGCCCAACCCAACACUUUUUUCAACUACUUCACAUUGUGUCAGUUCUGGUUGACUUUCUUGAAUCUGGAUUCUAUGCAAAACAAUAGAGAUGCAAAGAAACAAAGAAACACCAAUCAAAGCACAAGUCAUAUAAAGAGAUGAAAAUAUGACACAUACGUACCAGGGUUUCAAUGCUAUUGCUAGCCAAAUCAACCAGUUUGCGGGAAGUGUGCUGUGCUGAGCGACACUAUCCUUUGAUGAUAUUGAUAUGUUAGGGGAAGUUGAUAACUACUGCUUCAUUAAUCUUGCUGCUCUUACUUGAGAAUCCCUCCACAGUUGACCAGGAGGAAUAACAUUUCCCUUAGAAUAGCAGCUGGUUUCAUUUUGGUAUGCUGUAAAAGAUUAAGAAUGUUAAUAUUAUUAAGUCCUCACUCAUACAUUAGUUAGAAAGAUAAGAGACAACUGUAUCAUAAAGUUAAUAACCCCUUUCACAAAAAGGCAAAAAUCACUAAGUAAUUACUUUAUGGUAUUCAUUGUCCCCAUCCCCUGUUUAUAUAUAGUUAUACACCAAUCAACGUGGUUGUUUUAUAUAUUAGCUAGUUUUCUAUGAAAAGAAGAACAAAAGCUCAAAAAAAGAUAAGGGCAGGCUAACCUUGAUUUCCAUAUGUCAAGCAAUAAAAUAUUGACUAUGGA